CACACACACAAAGCAGCUCGAUCAUUCAGUCAGGACACGCUCCUUUUCCUCCUCUUCUUCUCUCAUACCUCAUCAGACCACCUGGAUUGUACCAAAGGGCCAGCUGAGGACGCGCCGCAGCAGAGGAAACGUGUCAGGGAGCAGAGCACAGCAAACAUUCACACUCAGGAUAACGCUGCAUCUGAGCCGACGGGCUGAAGGCACGGCCAGUGGCACUGCAGAGGCAGAGCAGCACAGUGGGCUAAAGCGUCGCUGUGAGAGUACUUCCAGCUCACAUGAGAAGUGAAGUCAUCACUAAAAAAGCCAACUUGUUUGAGCUGAGAGACAGCAAGAGUGGGAAGAGAACUCAAAGGUAGAGGAACAUGCGGUCCCGCAGCAGCAGUCUGGAGGACGUAACCAAGGCCAAGCCGGAGCAGGAAAAAGCGGACUCACGCAAGCGCUCUGUAGAGCGAGAGGUGCCCUCAGGAAGGGCUGAGCGCCGCAGCAGACACCGGGAGCCGCCGGAUGACACCGGCACCAUUCAGCGGAAUCACAAAACGGCCAAGAACAGCACCUGUGCUGGUGGGAAUGGAAAUGGAAGUAGUAAUGGGAGUGGGAGCAGCAGUGCCAGCGGUGCGGCAAAAGGAGCUCGGAAGGAGAAGACCAGGGACCUUUCCCGAGAUGACCUUGUCUUUCUUCUCAGCUUGCUGGAGGGAGAGCUGCAGGCCAGAGAUGAGGUGAUCACGGUUCUGCGGGCAGAGAAAAUGGACUUUGCGCUGCUGGAGGCCAAAUAUGGCUUUGUAACACCGCCGACAGUCCUGCAGUCCCUGCAAAGGGACGCAAUCCAGGGCAAGGCGGACGUCUUCCAAGAGGACAUCUACGAGAAGCCAAUGAUAGAGCUAGACAAGCUAGUAGAGAAGCAGAGGGAGACGCACCGGCGGAUGUUGGAGCAGCUACUGAUGGUGGAGCAGUCGCACAAACAGGCCCUGUUCAAGCUGGAGGACGAGAAAAGGAACCACGGGGAGUUCAUGAAGAAGAGCGAUGAGUUCACCAACCUGCUGGAGCAGGAGCGCGAGAGGUUGAAGCUGUUAAUUGAUCAGGACAAGGCCUACCAGGAAAGAAAGGAAGAGGAGAACGACAAAAAGAUUGAAAGUCUGAAGGAGGAGCUGACAAAACUCAAGUCGUUUGCGUUGAUGGUGGUUGAUGAACAACAGCGUCUCACUGAGCAGCUGAAACAACAAACAGUAAAGUUCCAAGAGCUGAGUGUCACUGCUUCGCAAGCCCAGGAGGAGCUGAGCUCAGCUCAUGCCCGUCUGCAGGAAGAGGAGCAAAAGGUCUUUCGCUUGGAGGCUGAGCUGCAUGACCACUCCGGUCGAUUCCAUCAGGAACAAGAAACCAUGACGGCCAAACUGACCAGCGAGGAUGCACAAAACAGGCAGCUGCGCCAAAAACUGUCAACUCUCAGCAGGCAGCUCGAUGACCUGGAGGAGACCAACAAGACCCUGCGCAGAGCCGAGGAGGAACUGCAGGAGCUGAGAGACAAAAUUAGCCGUGGCGAGUGUGGAAACUCUAGCCUCAUGUCUGAGCUUGAAGAGUUACGUAAAAGGGUACUUGAGAUGGAGGGAAAGGAUGAAGAGUUGAUCAGAAUGGAGGACCACUGCAGGGACCUGAACAAGAAACUGGAGAAAGAGGCCAAUCAAAGCCGGUGCUUGAAGGCUGAAGUCGAUAAACUGAACCACAGAAUUAUGGACUUAGAGAAAUUAGAGGAUGCAUUCAGCAAGAGCAAACAAGAAUGCAACUCUCUCAAAAGUAACCUGGAGAAAGAGAGGACGGUGUCAAAGGUUCUGACCAGUGAGCUGGAAGUCUUGAAAGUCAGGGUCAAAGAACUAGAGGAUGCUGAGAGUCAACUAGGGAAGACAGAGCUGACUCUGAAGGAAGAUCUAACCAAGUUAAAGACUUUGACUGUCAUGCUGGUGGAUGAGAGGAAGGCAAUGGCAGAGAAGCUAAAGCAAAUGGAGAACAAGGUCCACAACAGCACUGGCAAACUUCAGGCUGAACAGGACAAAGUUACCUCAGUCACAGAGAAGCUAAUUGAGGAGAGCAAGAAAGCCUUAAGGUCAAAGGCUGAGCUGGAGGACAAAAUGUGCAGCGCUACAAAGGAAAGGGAUGACUUGAAGGCAAAGUUGAGUGAUGAAGAGGAAAAGAGCAAUGAUUUGGAGUCUAAGAUCAAUAUGAUGAAGAAAAGGUUGCAAUCGCUUGAGAACAUAGAAAGAGAAUACCUGAGAAGCAAAGCUAAAGAGGAGCACGUCAAAUCACCCAUUGCUAACCGCUUCCAACAAGACGAUAACAAAGUAAAGGAUUUGACGCAGGAGGUUGAACGCCUCAGGCGCAAACUAAAAGACAUGAAGGUGGUAGAAGGUGACCUCUUGAAAACAGAAGAGUUUGAGUCACUAGAGAAACGAUUCAACAGUGAACAAGAGAAAGGUAAAACAUUAAUGGAGGAGCUGGAAAUCUCCAGAAAAGAACUCUCAAAGUACCAGCUGGCUGAAAAGAAAGAGUGCAACCAAGAGCAUGUCCUUUAUAAACGCUUAAAGGAAGAGGAGGCUAAGUCUAGUCAUUUGACCAGAGAGGUAGCAGCUCUGAAGGAGAAGAUCCAUGAAUACAUGGGGACAGAGGACUCCAUCUGCCGCAUGAAAACUGACCACUCAACACUCCAAAGAAAACUGACCCAGCAGGAGGUCAGAAACAAAGAGCUGGCCAGAGAAAUGGAGACACUCACCAGAGAGCUUGAGAGAUAUAGACGCUUUAGCAAAAGUCUUCGCCCUGGCAUGAAUGGAAGGCGCUUUUCAGACCUUCAUGUUGCCACCAAGGAAGUUCAGACAGAGCCACAGGACCUAAUGUCUCCCAACUGUUCAAUGACAAUGGCCCCACUGGAGUGUGCUGUGGUGAACGGGAAGCUGUACGACGAGAGCGAACCAGAGGAGAAUGCAAACUACAGCAAUGAGCUUCAGCUCGCCAAAUGCAGCCCCUCACUUAUGAAUAAUGUAAAUAAUCUAAACAAUUUGAGAAGAGCUCGAGUCCCGUUUGUUAAAAACAAAGACACCUCCCUUCAGGUGAACGGUAAAGUGCAACCACGGCAGAAUGGCAACCACGUUCAGCCCGGAGAUGUGGUUUUGACCCACAGCCCUGGACAGCCCCUGCACAUUAAAGUGACUCCUGACCACGGACAUAACACAGCAACGCUAGAGAUCACCAGCCCGACCACAGAAAACACCCAGUCAUUCACCAGCACUGCCGUCAUACCCACAAGUGGAGGUCCACCCAAACAAAGAAUUACUAUCAUCCAGAAUGCUUCCAUAUCCCCUAAUGCUAAAUCCCUCUCCCCACUGACAAAAUCUAAAGGUUCCCCCAUCUCUGACGAGCUGUGUUCACCAGACAGGGCCCUAUCACCUUUCACUAUGGCUUCAUACUCAAGAGCAAUGUCUCCAGACUCGUGUGGCUCUGUAACACCAGACAGAGCCAUUUCCCCCAUACAGAUAGUGUCAGUCACCACAGGCACCCCUGAACGCUCCCUCUCCACGGAGCCAGUGGAGGUUGUUGGAGGGCACGCAGUCUUUCGUGUGACCCCGGAAAGGCAAAGCAACUGGCAGGUCCAGAGGUCCAACAGCUCUGGGCCGAACGUCUUCACCACGGAGGACAACAAAAUCCAUAUUCACUUAGGGAGCCCCUUCAUUCAGAGCAUCAGCACUCCAACGCAAACACUGAGUCCAUGCAACACACCUGGACUCCAGGAGCAAAGGACUCAGGUGCUCGCAAACUGCAGUAAUUCUACUACCAAAGCCACCAGCAAAGUCACAAGUAGCAUCGUGAUUAAGCCCACCUCCACCCAAAUCCAAAGGCCAUCACAAAUUACAGUACCUCUAGAAGCGCUCCGACGACCAGGACCUACGAGAAUCCCCAAACCGAAGGGCUCCUCUUCCCAGAAAGUGACAAACAGCACGGCAGCCAACCUCGGGCUGCAGAGCAAGAGUCAGCAGGCGCCUUGCACACAACCGGCCACGGGGAAAGAGCAGCAUGAACACAUCAACAACAACAACAACCCAAACCUAGUCAACCGCAAGCUGUGAUAUCACCUGGACCUUUUGUUCUUUCAAUCACUUGUUCUUUAGAGGCAAUAGGGUUAGGGUUAGACUAGGCUUACACAACACGGACAUCUCAGCGUUUUGCAUAAAGAGCAUCUAUUGAUAUUAAAAUACAAAGGGUCAAAAGUGCCGCUUUAUUUGUUUGUUGACCUUUUAAGAAUAUAGCUGUUCCACCAAUAAAUACAAUCCCCAUCUGUGGUGCUCUGAAGACAAGCAAUGUCUGUGUCAACGUGUAAUGUGUACACACUAUUAGCUGUAAAUAAAAGCUACCAAAUACUUUAGAAAGUAGUUCCAAUGUCACAGAUUGCUGUGCGGGUGUCCCUGUGGUCAACAUAACUGAAACUGAAGUGUAAUACUAGAACAUGAAGUAUGUUGUGGUGUAUGUCAUGUUGUUCACUGAAAAGGGAUUUCUUCCCUAUUCAUUUUCAGAUCAUGACAGUCGUUUAUUCAUUUCUGUGAAUGGAACACGUGGAUCUUUUUUAGACAAGUGGCAAUAAUGUACAUAAGUGUAAUCGUGAUGUGAUGUAAUGCAGCUCCUGGCUAGUGAUGAUCUCCACAAUGUGACAUUUGUGUUAUAUUUGGUUAUCAAUAAAGCUUUUUUAUACCUGGACAAGAGAAAUGUUUCUGA